UGGAGAAGGAAUCAAGAAUGCAGCAUUCUUGUAUGUGAAGAAAAAGUGAAGAUGAUGACAUGCAUUCUGGGGCAGACGAAGCCUAGGAUUCAAUUUUCUCACCCAAAAACUUCCAUCACAAGAAAUCUGACAUCAAGAUCACCUUCCAAAUCAGAUGGGACGACCAUCUAACUAAUCAAUAAGCCAGAUAACAAUGAGACAAAGGAGUAAGCAUUACAAAUUUAACUUCUCGUACACGUUAGAUCAUGUCGUUUGCUCCUUGAUCGUAUCUUCCGGGAACUGGUUUUGAUUUACUGCUGAAGAUAGAGAGAGAAGGAAAUGAAGCUUCUAAAGGUUAAAGGGUUGCACAUUAGUUGUUAUUAUUAGCUUUUGUUUGGUGGCUGACUUGGUCUUCUAUUAGUAUUACACCACUCGAAUUGACAAAGCACGCGUCGUUUUAGCUCUCUCUACACUUGUUUGGAAAAUCGUAUCAACCAGGGCAGCAGUAGUAGUUGCAUCUUCUAUUGACCAUCAGACUUAUUUAUUUCCAGUACUCCAUGUACCAAGUAAAACCCCAUCUUACUUCUUCACUUAUAUAAGCCUCACAGUCCCAACCAUCUCUUCCCACUCUGUAUUUUUGAUGUUCAAGAAAAACCAUAACAGCAAAAAUGGCAGCUUCCCUUUGUUUUGGACCCUUCAGACUCCAUUUCAUGCUUUUACUUUUCGCCAUCUUAAACACAAGUUUACUUGCAAGUGACCCUCCAUUAACGUUGGACUACUACGCAUCCAAAUGUCCCACUCUGUUCGAGAUUGUAAAGAAAGAAAUGGAGUGUGAAGUUCAAGAAGAUCCUCGUAAUGCCGCCUUGAUAGUCCGGUUACACUUCCAUGACUGUUUUGUUCAGGGAUGUGAUGGUUCAGUUCUACUAGACGAUACGAUCUCACUAAAAGGAGAGAAGAAGGCCUCUACAAACAUAAACUCUCUAAAAGGUUUCUCGAUCAUUGACAGGAUAAAGAACAAGCUUGAAUCAGAGUGUCCCGGAAUUGUCUCUUGCGCCGAUAUCCUCACCAUUGCAGCAAGAGAUGCUGUGAUUCUGGUUGGUGGACCUUAUUGGGAUGUUCCUCUAGGAAGAAAGGACUCUAUAACUGCUAGUCCUGAACUUGCAGAAGCCAACCUUCCUACUGCAGAUGAAAGCCUUCUGUCUAUCAUUUCCAAGUUUCUUUACCAAGGCCUUUCUGUCACAGACGUGGUAGCUCUUUCAGGAGCUCAUACAAUUGGCAUGGCGCGGUGUGCGAAUGUUCGAUCAAGGAUAUACAGUGACUAUGAAUCAACCUCAGGGAUCGACCCUCUUUCAGAGUCAUACCUCAGCAGCUUGAAGUCGACUUGCCCUGUAGGUGGAGAUGAUAAUAACGUAACAGCAAUGGACUAUGUCACUCCUGAACUAUUUGACAAUUCCUUCUAUCAUUUACUCUUGAAAGGGCAGGGACUACUCAACUCAGACCAGGGACUCUAUUCUAGCUUGUUAAGCAUCGAAACAAAGAAACUUGUUCAGAAGUAUGCAGAAGACGCCGUUGCUUUCUUCCAGCAAUUCUCAGAUUCAAUGGUGAAAAUGGGGAACAUUACUAAUGAGGACAGCUUUACUACCGGAGAGGUCAGGAAGAAUUGCAGAUUUGUGAACACAUGAUGAGCUUCUGCAAUUAGUCCCCAAGAACAAGUUCACUAUACAAAGUUACAAACCAUAUUGUUAUUGUCCUACUUUUACCAAGAAGUGAUACAUGAAUUGUUAUGUAUGAGACCACACUAGUUUUUAUCUUUUAUAUUCAGUUUUGAGACAAAUUU